CUGGGAUGAGGAGCUUGUGUAGUGUCGGGAUGGCGAGAGAUAAAUAUGGCUUCUAGCUGAAUUCACGCCGACAGCGAGUCGAACGCCUGGAUUUUUGGGACCAUGAUGCGUGAAAUAUGGACGGUGAGAGGAAACGAAGGCUGUCAGUGAGUUUUAAGGUGUAAAUCGUGUCCGUUUAACGACCGGGUUCGGCGAGCUCGACCGUCCGCAGCCUUGCUGGGCCGGCUUCGGCCUGAAGAAGCCGCUCGCGAUGAACGUGAUGAAGAGGAUCAUGGGCCGGCCGCGGCAGGACGAGUGCAGCCCGCAGGACAACGCGCUCGGCCUCAUGCACCUGCGCCGCCUCUUCUCCGAGCUCUGCCACCCGCCGCGCCACAUGACCCAGAAGGAGCAGGAGGAGAAGCUCUACAUGAUGCUGCCCGUCUUCAACCGGGUGUUCGGCAACGCCCCACCCACCACGAUGCACGAGAAGUUCUCGGACCUGCUGCAGUUCACCACUCAGGUGUCCAGGCUGAUGGUAACGGAGAUCAGACGAAGAGCGUCCAACAAAUCCACAGAGGCAGCCAGCCGUGCCAUCGUCCAGUUUUUAGAGGUCAAUCAGAGCGAGGAGGCGAGUCGUGGCUGGAUGCUUCUGACCACCAUCAACCUGCUGGCAUCUUCCGGUCAGAAAACGGUGGACUGCAUGACCACCAUGUCGGUUCCCUCCACCCUGGUGAAAUGCCUUUACCUGUUCUUCGACCUGCCUCACAUGCCCGAGCCGCCCGCCGCCACCCAGACCGAGCUGCCCCUGGCCGACCGCCGCGCCAUGCUGCAGAAGGUCUUCGUUCAGAUCCUGGUGAAGCUGUGCAGCUUCGUGUCUCCGGCCGAGGAGCUGGCGCAGAAGGACGACCUGCAGCUGCUCUUCAGCGCCAUAACGUCCUGGUGCCCGCCUCACAACCUGCCCUGGAGGAAGAGCGCCGGCGAGGUGCUCAUGACCAUCUCCAGGCACGGCCUCAGCGUCAACGUGGUCAAGUAUAUCCAUGAGAAGGAAUGCUUGUCCACGUGCAUCCAGAACAUGCAGCAGUCGGACGAUCUGUCCCCGCUGGAGAUCGUGGAGAUGUUCGCCGGACUGUCCUGCUUCCUGAAGGACUCCAGCGACGUGUCGCAGACGCUGCUGGACGACUUCCGCAUGUGCCAGGGCUACACGUUCCUCACCGACCUCAUGCUCAGACUGGAGCAGGCCAAAGAGGACGAAUCCAAAGACGCUCUGAGGGACCUGGUGAACCUGGUGACCUCGCUGACCACGUACGGCGUGUGCGACCCGAAACCGGCCUGCCUGACCACCAGCGCUCCGUUCCUGCUGCCCGGCUUCGUGGUCCCGCAGCCCUCCGGAAAAGGUCACACGGUCCGAAACAUCCAGGCCUUCUCCGUCCUCCAGAACGCCUUCCUGAGGGCCAAGAGCGGCCGCCUGGCCCGCAUGCUCCUGGACGCCGUGGGCAACAUCUACUCGGCCGACCACGCCAACUACUUCCUCCUGGAGGCGCAGCACGCGCUCUCGCAGUUCGCCGAGCGCGUCCCCAAGCUACCCGAGGUCCAGGUCAAAUACUUCGAGCUCCUGGAGUUCGUGGUGUUCGUGCUCAACUACGUCCCCUGCAAGGAGCUGUUCAGCGUCAGCGUGCUGCUGAAGUCCAGCACGUCGUACGGGUGCAGCACCACGGCCACGCGCACCCUGCUGAAGCUCGGCCGCCACCACGCCGUGUUCAGCGACGUCUUCAGGGAGGUCGGGUUGCUGGAGGUGCUGGUCAACCUGCUGCACAAGUACGCGGCGCUGCUCAAGGACCCCACGCAAGCUUACGGAGAAGAGGGUGAUAACAGGAACGACGUCGCCGAGGAACAGAAACAGCUAGCCUGGCUAGUCAUGGAGACACUCACGGUUCUUCUGCAGGGUUCCAAUACUAACGCAGGUCUGUUCCGGGAGUUCGGAGGCGCCCGCUGCGUGCACAACAUCGUCAAGUACCGCCAGUGCCGCGAGCACGCCCUGAUAAUCAUCCAGCAGCUGGUGCUGUCGCCCUCCGGAGACGACGACAUGGGCACGCUGCUGGGCCUCAUGCACUCCGCGCCCUCCACCGAACUGCAGCUCAAGACGGACAUUCUGCGGGCGCUGCUGGCGGUCCUGCGCGAAAGCCACCGCUCUCGCACCGUCUUCCGGCGCGUGGGCGGCUUCGUGUACGUCACCUCCCUCCUAGUGGCCAUGGAGCGCCAGCUGGGCGCCACGCCCCGAGCCGACCCGGAUCCCGCCGCCUCCCUGGAGCUGCUGCGCGCCGUCUUCGGGACGCUGACCGCCGCCAUGCGCUACGAGCCGGCCAACGCGUACUUCUUCCGCACCGAGGUGCAGUACGAGAAGCUGGCCGACGCCGUGCGGCUGCUCGGCUGCUUCUGCGACGCCAAGAAGCUGGCGCCGGCGUGCGCCGCGCUGUCCGACUCCACGCCCUGCGGCCCGCGCACCUUCCAGAGGCUCCUGGAGGACGAGGACGCUCAGGAGGAGAGCGUCUGCCCCCAGCUGGCACACUGCGCCAAGCUCUUCAUCUACCUCUACAAGAUGGCGACCGACUCCUUCGACAGCCGUGCCGAGCAGGUGCCCCCCUGCCUGACUCAUGAGACCUCGCUCCCCUCCCCCUGGGGCACGCCAGCACUCGCCAGGAAGAGGCACGGCUACCACGCCUCCUCCAGCUCGGCUCCGGCCAAAGCCGUCUCGGACCUGAAGCUGCACCUGGGGAACUCCUCACAGCACUCUUCGGAUCCCGUGGUCAUUCAUCCGGGGGCCGUUCUGGCCACUCUGGACCUCCUGGCCUCCAUCGGCUCUUACAGUCAACCCGAGCAUGCGUUGGAGCUGCAGCUGGCCGUGGCGAACGUCCUGCAGUCGCUGGUGCACACCGAGAGGAACCAGCAGGCGCUGUGCGAGGCCGGCCUGCCCUCCCGCCUGCUGCAGCGCUGCAGCUGCGCCAUGAGCGACGAGGAGCACCCGCUGCACCCGCCCCUGCAGAGGACCUUCGAGCGGCUCGCCUCGCAAAACCUGCAGCCCAUGGCGCUCCGGGAGUUUUUGAGGUUGGGGAAUCCUCUGAACUGUGGCGCCUGGGACAAAAAGCUGCUGAAACAGUAUCGGGUCCACAAGCCAAGUUCCCUGAGCUUCGAAACUGAAGCUAGGAACUGUAUGACGGCGUCUAUGGAGGGUUUGGGCGCCGACAGCGUGUUCACGCUGAGCGAGGAGAGCAGUCCGUACCGCAUCAGCCGGAGCCUGGUGCGCACGGCCGAGGGCAGCGCCGUGCCCCUCACGCGGGUGAAAUGCCUGGUGUCCAUGACCACCCCGCACGACAUCAUCCGGCUGCACGGCUCCGCCCUCACGCCCGCCUUCGUCGAGUUCGACACGUCGCUCGAGGGCUUCGGCUGUUUGUUCCUGCCCAGUCUGGCCCCUCACAACGCACCAUCUAGCAACGGCAACACAUCUGGAGUGAGCGACGGGGCUGUGGUCAGCGGCAUGGGAGCAGGCGAGCGUUUGUUCCCUCCUCCGUCCGGCCUGAGUUACUCCACCUGGUUCUGCGUGGAGCGCUUCAGCACGCCCCCGCACACCCACCCGGUCCGCCUACUGACCGUGGUCAGGAGAGCCACGGCAUCCGAGCAGCACUUCGUCUGCCUAUCCAUCGUGCUUUCAGCCAAGGACCGGUCACUCAUCGUCUCCACCAAAGAAGAGCUGCUGCAGAGCAACGUGGACGAUUCCGGCGAGGAGUCGUCCUUCUACGAGCUGCUGCCCUGCUGCGCCCGCUUCCGCUGCGCCGACCUCAUCAGCGAGGGCCAGUGGCACCACCUGGUGCUGGUCAUGAGCAAAGGGAUGCUGAAGAACAGCAUGGCCACACUGUACAUCGACGGCCAGCUGGUCAACAACGUCAAACUCCACUACGUGCACAGCUCGCCGGGCGGCUCCGGGACCGCCAACGCCCCGGUGGUCAGCACCGUGUACGGCUACGUCGGGACCCCUCCUGCGCAGCGACAGCUCUCCUCGCUGGUGUGGCGCCUGGGGCCCACUCACUUCCUGGAGGAGGUGCUUCCCGCCGCCAGCGUGAGCACCAUCUACGAGCUGGGGCCCAGCUACGUGGGCGGCUUCCAGGCCGUCAACCUGCCGUGUAAAGACUCGAAGACGGAAGCACCUGCUCCCUGUCCUGUAUCUCUGGUCCCGGAGGAGAAGGUCUCCUUCAGCCUGUACGGCCUGUCUGUCUCCUCCCUCACCGUGGCCAAAAUCCGCAAAGCCUACAACAAACUGGACAGCAAGGCCAUCGCCAAACAGCUGUCCGUUUCAUCUCACGAGAACGCCACCCCGGUUAAGCUCAUCCACAACGCCGCAGGCCAUCUGAACGGCCCCGCCCGGACCAUCGGCGCCGCUGUGAUCGGCUACCUGGGCGUGAGAGCUUUCGUCCCCACCCCGGUGGCUACCACCCUCCAGUACGUGGGCGGGGCCGCCGCCAUCCUGGGCUUGGUGGCCAUGGCGUCGGACGUGGAGGGGCUGUACGCGGCCGUCAAGGCCCUGGUGUGCGUGGUCAAGAGCAACCCACUGGCCAGCAAGGAGAUGGAGCGAAUCAGAGGCUACCAGCUGCUGGCCAUGCUGCUGAAGAAGAAGCGCUCGCUACUGAACAGCCACAUCCUGCACCUGACCUUCUCCUUAGUGGGCACAGUGGACAGCGGCCACGAAACCUCCAUCAUCCCCAACUCCACCGCCUUCCAGGACCUGCUCUGUGACUUCGAGGUUUGGUUGCACGCACCAUAUGAACUGCACCUGUCCCUCUUCGAGCACUUCACUGAACUUCUGACUGAAUCCAGCGAGGCUGCUAAGAACGCCAAGCUCCUGCGGGAGUUCCAGCUGAUCCCCAAGCUGCUGCUGACACUCAGGGACCAGACGCUGUCUCAGUCCACCGUGGCCGCCAUCAGCAACGUGCUCAGCCUGCUCCUGCAGGGCUUCCCCAGCUCCUACGACCUGCUAAGAUUCGGCCAGUUCAUUUCCUCCACCUUGCCCACGUUUGCGGUCUGCGAGAAGUUCGUAGUCAUGGAGGUUACUAACGAAGAGAAGAUAGAAGGAGGAAAUGAGGAAGACUUCGGAGGGCUGCUCUCCUCCAACGUGAUCCUGCUCCGUAACCGCCUGCUGGAUAUCCUGCUCAAACUGCUCUUCAGCUCUAAGGAGAAAUGCGCCGUCAAUGCGCCGGCGUGCGAGGAGCUGGUGCGCACGCUGGGCUUCGAUUGGCUGCUGAUGUUCAUGGAGGAGCACGUCCACUCCAGCACGGUCACCGUGGCGCUCUGGAUCUUGGUGGUGCUGCUCAGCAAUCAGAGCAUCCUCGGCCGUUUUAAAGAGGGGCUCUGUGGAGGAGGCUGGCUCGAACACACCGACUCGGUACUCACCAACAAGAUCGGAACCGUGCUCGGCUUUAACGUGGGGCGCAGUGCAGGCGGGAGGUCCACCGUGCGCGAGAUCAACCGCGACGCCUGUCAUUUCCCAGGAUUCCCUGUCCUGCAGACGCUGCUGCCCAAACACACCAACGUGCCCGAGCUGUACUUCCUGCUGAUGGCACUGUUCCUGCAGCAGCCCGUCACCGAGCUGCCUGACCGCCUGCAGGUACAUUUCGACCUGGACUCAAUCUGGACGUUCAUCUUCGGUGUGCCAGCAUCAAGUGCCACGGUGGUGGGCUCCAUCCACAACGUGUGCACCGAGGCAGCCUUCCUUCUGCUGGCCAUGCUGCGCAGCAUGCUCAACCUGCCCUGGCAGUCGGAGGAGGAGGGUUCCUGGCUCAGAGAGUACCCGGUCACCCUGAUGCAGUUUUUCCGUUACCUCUAUCACAACGUGCCCGACCUGGCGCCCAUGUGGCACAGUGCGGACUUCCUGUGCGCCCUGGCUGCCGCCGUCUUUCCGUUCAACAUCCGGCCGUACUCCGAAAUGGUCACCGAUCUGGACGACGAAGCCGGCUCACCUACCGAAGAAUUUAAAGGUUUUUCGGGCGACACCGGGAUGAACCGCAGCCAGUCAGAGUACUGCAACGUAGGGGCCAAGACUUACCUGACCAAUCACCCGGCCAAGAAGUAUGUCUUCGACUUUAUGAGGGUGUUAAUCAUGGAGAACCUGUGCAUGACUCCUGCCAGCAAGCAGACGCCCAUAUUAGACCUCCUGCUAGAGGCCUCACCGGAGCGCUCGACCAGAACCCAGCAGAAGGAGUUUCAGUCCUACAUCCUGGAUGGCGUGAUGGAACACCUCCUCGCUGCAGAUGUUCUUCUAGGAGAAGAUGCGUCCAUGCCGAUCACGACCGGCGGAAGCUACCAGGUUCUGGUCAUGAACGUGUUUUACUUCGCCCAGCGGGUGGUGGACAAACUCUGGCAGGGGAUGUUCAACAAGGAGUCCAAACUGGUGGUGGAGUUCAUAGUGCAGCUGAUUAGCCAGGCCAAGCGCAGGUCUCAGGGCUUGUCCCUGGACUCCAUCUACCACUGCCUGAACCGGACCGUGCUGUACCAGCUCUGCCGACCGCACAAGACCGUCCCGCAGCAGGUGGCGCUCCUGGACUCGCUCCGAGUGCUCACGGUCAACCGCAACCUGGUGCUCGGACCCGGGAACCACGAUCACGAUUUCGUCUCCUGUCUCGCACACUGCCUGAUCAACCUGCACGCCGGGAGCAGUGUGGAGGGCUUCGGGCUGGAGGCCGAAGCUCGGAUGACCACCUGGCACGUGAUGAUCCCGUCGGAGAACGGGGCCGAUACGCUGCACAGUCAGGACGUCAGCGAGGGUCGUCAGUUGCUGCUGAAAGCCGUGAACCGGGUGUGGACCGAGCUGAUGCACAGUAAAAGACAGAUGCUGGAGGACAUCUUUAAGGUCUCUCUGCCUGUUAACGAUCGAGGGCACGUCGACAUCGGCACCGCCCGGCCUGCGCUGGAGGAGCCCGCCGCCAAGAGCUGGCAGAACCACCUCGCCCACGAAAAGAAAUGCAUCAGCCGGGGGGAGACCGUGAUCCCGGUCAGUCAGUCCAAGCUGUCUCGGGUCAGCAGUGGAUUCGGCCUGUCCAAACUCACCGGCGCCAGACGCAGCAAGAGGGAGAGCGGGAUUAAUAAAAACAACCUCUCAGCACAGGAAACAUUCCAGUGGAUGUUCACUCACAUCGCGGUGGUCCGGGAUCUUGUAGCCAUGCAGUAUAAAGAAUACCAAGAGAGGCAGCAGAACGCCCUGAAGUACGUCACCGAAGAAUGGGCCGGGAUCGAGUACGAGCUGCUCCGAGAGCGAGGACUUUGGGGCCCCCCUAUCGGCUCGCACCUGGAUAAGUUCCAGCUGGACAUGACCGAGGGCCCCUGUCGGAUGAGGAAGAAGAUGGUUCGCAACGACCUGUUCUAUAUCCACUACCCCUACGUGCCCGACAACGAGUCGACCAACAGCGCACAGAAGCCGCUGCGUUACCGGAGAGCCAUCAGCUACGACAGUAAGGAGUACUACAUGCGCCUGCUGUCGGGUAACCCGGGCAUGUACCAGCACUCCAUCCAGCAGAACACGGAGGGAGAGAGCGCGCAGCAGGAGCCCGAACACGGCGAGGACACCAUCGCGAGGGUCAAGGGUCUGGUAAAAGCCCCCCUGAAGCGUUCCCGCUCUACAGCCGACGGCGGAGACGAGGACAGUCAAGACCAGCUCCAGGAGCUGCUAGAAUCCGGCGCGGUGGACGAGGAGCAGAAGACCGACAACACCACCCUGCUCCGUCUGCUGGAGGAGGGAGAAAAGAUCCAGCACAUGUACCGCUGCGCUCGGGUGCAAGGCCUGGACACCAGCGAGGGGCUGCUGCUCUUCGGAAAGGAGCACUUCUACGUGAUCGACGGCUUCACCAUGACCGUCACCAGAGAGAUCAGAGAUAUCGAGACGCUUCCCGACAACAUGCACGAGCCAAUCAUCCCCAGAGGUGCUCGACAGAGCCAGAGUCAGCUGAAGCGAACCUGCAGUAUCUUCGCCUACGAAGACAUCAAAGAGGUGCACAAGCGCCGCUACCUCCUGCAGCCGAUGGCAGUGGAGGUGUUCUCGGGCGACGGCAGGAACUACCUCCUGGCCUUCCAGAAGGGAGUCCGGAACAAGGUCUAUCAGAGGUUCCUGGCAGUCGUACCGUCGUUAGCAGACAGCUCGGAGUCGGUCUCCGGACAGCGACCCAACACCAGUGUGGAGCAAGGAUCUGGCCUCCUUAGCACUUUAGUAGGAGAGAAAUCGGUUACACAACGAUGGGAGAGAGGCGAGAUCAGCAACUUCCAGUAUCUGAUGCAUUUGAACACGCUGGCCGGCAGGUCCUACAACGACCUGAUGCAGUACCCGGUCUUCCCCUGGAUCCUGGCGGACUUUGACUCUGAGGAACUGGACCUCAAUAACCCCAAGACAUUCCGUAACCUGUCCAAGCCCAUGGGUGCCCAGACCGACGACCGACUCAUCCAGUACAAGAAGAGAUUCAAGGACUGGGAGGAUCCUAAUGGUGAGACCCCGGCGUAUCAUUACGGAACGCAUUACUCCUCCGCCAUGAUCGUGGCGUCCUAUCUGUUGCGAAUGGAACCGUUCACUCAGAUCUUCCUCAGGCUGCAGGGCGGCCACUUCGAUCUGGCCGACCGGAUGUUCCACAGCGUGCGAGAAGCCUGGCUGUCGGCCUCCAAACACAACAUGGCAGACGUCAAGGAGCUCAUCCCGGAGUUCUUCUACCUCCCCGAGUUCCUGCUCAACUCCAAUAACUUUGACCUGGGGAGCAAGCAGAACGGCACGAGGCUCGGGGACGUGAUCCUGCCGCCCUGGGCUAAAGGAGAUCCGAGGGAGUUCAUCAGGGUCCACAGACAGGCUUUGGAGUGCGACUACGUGAGCGCCCACCUGCACGAGUGGAUCGACCUCAUUUUCGGCUACAAGCAGCAGGGUCCUCCAGCCAUGGAGGCCGUCAACGUGUUCCAUCAUCUCUUCUACGAGGGCCAAGUGGACAUCUACAACAUCAACGACCCUCUGAAAGAGACCGCCACCAUCGGCUUCAUCAACAACUUCGGCCAGAUCCCCAAACAGCUCUUUAAGAAGCCCCACCCCCCUAAGCGGGUGCGCAGCAAAUCCAACGGGGACGUUCCGGGCAUUACCGCCUCCAUCAGCUCCACCACAGACAAGAUCUUCUUCCACCACCUGGACAACCUGCGUCCCUCCCUCGCCCCGGUCAAAGAACUGAAGGAGCCGGUGGGUCAGAUAGUUUGUACCGAUAAGGGCAUCCUGGCGGUAGAGCAGAACAAAGUGCUGGUGCCUCCUGCCUGGAACAAGACGUUCGCCUGGGGUUACGCCGACCUCAGCUGCAGACUGGCCAACUACGAAUCGGACAAGGCGGUGAUCGUUUACGAGUGCUUGUCUGAAUGGGGUCAGAUCUUGUGCGCAAUCUGUCCGAAUCCCAAGCUGGUGAUAACCGGUGGCACGAGCACCGGCAUCUGCGUUUGGGAAACGAGCACGGCUAAAGAAAAGGCCAAAACCCUCACGCUCAAACAGGCCCUGCUGGGUCACACGGACGCGGUGACUUGUCUGACGGCGUCCUCGGCCUACCACAUCGUCGUGAGCGGCUCCCGCGACCGCACCUGCAUCGUCUGGGAUCUGAACAAGCUGUCGUUCGUGACGCAGCUGAGGGGCCACCGCGCUCCCGUCUCGGCGCUCUGUAUCAACGAGCUCACGGGCGACGUCGUGUCCUGCGCCGGCACCUACAUCCACGUCUGGAGCAUCAACGGCAACCCCAUCGCCAGCGCCAACACCUUCACGGGGCGGAGCCAGCAGAUCCUGUGCUGCUGCGUGUCCGAGAUGAACGAGUGGGACACGCAGAACGUCAUCGUCACCGGACACUCGGACGGCGUCGUCAGGUUUUGGAGAAUGGAGUUCCUUCAAGUCCCAGAAACCCCUGCGCCAGGACCCGUCGAGCCCUCGGAUGUGCCCGACUGCUGCGGAGAGGAAAAAAUCGACGGGCGCGAACCCGCCGACGAGGACAGCAGCGAGUCAGAUGGCGAGGACGCCAGCGUGAGCCAAGACUGCCAAACCCAGGCGCCCAACGGCCAACCGGGCAGCGCCACGCACCCCCCCAAACCUCCCCGCGCCCGGACCUCCAGCUCCGAGGACUCGCGCCGCUGGUCCGACUCGCUCAGCGUGGACGAGAAGGAGGGCUUCGUGUUCGUCAACUACUCGGAGGGACAGGCCAAGCCGGUCAAUCCCAGCGCCAACGCGCCCGCCACCGCUCACGCCGUGCCGCAGCCCGUGCCGCAGCCCGUGCCGCAGCCGCUGCAGCCCAGCGGCCCGGAGCCACGGCCGUACAGCAAACUCAGAGCAGGCUACAGAUGGGAGAGACAGCUGGUGUUCCGGAGCAAACUCACCAUGCACACGGCUUUCGACCGCAAGGACAACGCUCAGCCAGCCGAAAUCACAGCGCUCGCCAUCUCGAAGGACCACAGCAAGGUGGUGGUGGGGGACGGGCGCGGCCGCGUCUUCAGCUGGUCGGUGAGCGAGCAGCCGGGCCGUUCCGCCGCCGAUCACUGGGUGAAGGACGAGCAGGUGGAGGGAUGUUCGGCCUGCGCCGUGCGGUUCUCCCUCACCGAGAGACGCCACCACUGCAGGAACUGCGGCCAGCUCUUCUGCCAAAAGUGCAGCCGCUUCCAGUCCGAGAUCAAGCGGCUGAAGAUCUCGUCUCCGGUCCGCGUGUGCCAGAACUGUUACUACAACCUGCAGCAUGAACGCAGCUCAGAAGACGGUUCCAAGAACUAACUCGGCACCGCUACCUUUAGAAACCCCCCCCCCACACACACACACACACACACACACACACACACUACACUACUCAUAAAGCACUGACCCGACACACACUCGAACCUAACCGAAUUAGCAGGGUCCCGGGUUCCGCUUUCCCUCCUCACUUACUCCGCCUCCCGCUCGAGCCGGUUGACGUUUCCGGACGAUUCCGAACGCGCCGACGCGCCGAGAUGUUUAUAGUGUAAAUAUUCCGAUGGCCUUUUUAACUACACUAAAGUGAACACGAGAAGUCGGCGUUCGGAAAUGAAACACGUCGCCCGUGAUACAGCGUCGGAGGGGUGCGGUAGACGGUAGACGUCGCCGGGGACGGCGUCCGGAACACUAGCGGGGACGAAUGUUACUAACACGAGAUUGCGUCGAUCUAGUUAUGCAGGAUUCUGUUACGACGAGGCGUUACGACGAGGCGUUGCCCACGGUAUCUCAGCUCCUACGUUCGCAGCGACACACCCCGGUAACACGUCGUGUGCCCAGUAAUACCAGUAUAGGCUCCGGGACCCACCUUGACCAUGAUAUACGGUCUGUUAUACGCUUUAAAACAUCAUAGACUCACGUUAAUGUGAGCGCCAGUGCUGCCUUGUUGCAGCGUUCUGGGGAACCUAGAUCGCUGGCUGUGCAGAGUUCCAACCUCACUGGUGAUGUCGGUCAGCACUGUGAUUGAUUGCCACCCCAUUCUGCUUGGCUAACCCACCGACUCCGGGAUCCGGGUUCGAACCUCAGAGGUGUCGCCCCGUCUGGGGUGUUUGGGAGUGCCACCACGAGUCCAAAUCCCAUAGGUGCAUCUACGCAGCACCUUCGUCUGGGGUGUUCCUGCCUCGCGCGAGCGAGCCCGCCCGCCCAGCGUUUCCCGUCAGAUCCAGACCCACUGCGACCCUGACCAGGAUAAAACUGAAUCGGAUGAAAUUGAAUCAGAAAUGAAAUUGCAUGUCAUGAUGAAAUGAAUCACGUUGUCGAUUUUUAACUGGAAUCAUCUUCGAUGUAGCUACCGUGGGCAGACCGGCAUCGGAUGUGCUGCUUUUAUGAUUGAAGAACCGUUUUUGGGAGGUUUUAUUUCAUUUUUUUUUUUUAAAGAAACUAUUAGACACUUUAAAGGCAGAAUUAUUACCCCUUUUUUUUAUGCUACGUUAGCUGCGAUUCCGAUAUUUUACUGUAUAUUAUUAGCGUGCAAUCAGGACAUCGGAGCUUUCGGGAUUCUGCCCACGACGAGCAGCUUGAGGUCGAUACCGAUAUCGGUCAGAAUUGAAUUCUGCGCCUUGACGUGUCCGUACAAACACGUUUCACGGUUCUGUUCGAGGGAGUUCGAUGUGAUUGGCUCAUUCCUUCACACCGUAUGGACUGUAUAAAGUAUUUAUGCAAUUCUGAUAUUUCCUUUUUUUUUUUUUUAUGAUUAUGUACGUUUCUGUUGCACGUCUAACGCGGCUGACUUCGUGUCGGUGCGCUGUACACGUUCGGCAUUAUUAUUACUAUUAUUGUUAUUAAUGUAAUUAUGAUUUUGCAUUAUUUUUAAGGCAUUAUGAAAUGAUUCGACAGGACGACGACCUGAGAGCUGUACAGACUGACCAUUACCAGUACGAACCGGCCAUUCCGAAAACCCUCGGGUUCACUUUUGUAUUCUGUGUAUGGAUAUCAAGGCCUGAUCACAAAAAUAGAAAAUAAUAAUUCUUAAUAUUUUCUUCUUCGGGGAGGGGAAAAGGGUGGAGGGAGGGAGGGAGGGCGGGAGGGUGGGUCUGGUGUUAGACUGCAUUACUAGAGUAACUGGUGUGCAAUCUGUGUUAGAUGAAUGUUCAUUGUGCGUUGUACAUGCCCUUCCUUGUAGAGUAACCCUGAACUGUACUGUUACUAUAAUGCAAUAGAUCUGCUACUCAUAUUUUUAAUUUUAUUUCAAUUAAAUCCUCACCGUUUAUCACCA